GGGUUAGGUCAACCCAGAGUAACAUCGUUGGUUGUCGUCGUUCCUUGUAGUCGGACGGCGACAUUUGUUGUUUAUAGUAGAGUAGUAUCACGUUUUUACAUACCUUGUUUUCUCUUCUGUUCUUGUUUUCCUCCUUUUUUUUGCUCUUCAUUUCUCUUAGGACGUUCGGUUCCGCGGGACACGCGCCAGUUUUAUCGUGAACGUCGACAGAGACGACAGUCGUCAAAAGAAAUAUAUCAUAUUUGAUGCAAGUUCGAUGAAUAAAAUUUCAGUGAUCUCUCGCGUCGUUUCUCUGCGUUUAACCGCCUUGAUCCCGAAACGAAAAGAAGAAUUGGUUUUGAAGAAAUAUUGGAAACAGGAACAACAUCUAGAAACGAUCCAUUCGUUUCAUUUGACCACGCUCUUUGUUUGUGCAGUGUCGCUGUUUGUUAGGUUAUACGUAUAAACGUUCGUCUAUACAUCUCGUUCUCUGCUAUCGUCGAAAGUGUUCGCGCAUUGUGUACAGAAGUGGAUGGAGUGUCAUAGUGAAAACACGUAACACGGAUCAUAGAAUGGCACUGUCUUAUCUUCAAGAGGCGCAGAUUAAUGCAGCCGGGCAACACCUCGACAUGAAGCAAGAAUCGGAGAAGCAACCAUUGUCAUCAUCGCUGACCAACACGUCGCAAGUGAUGUUCCCUGGAAUUGGUAACACACCGGCAGGUUUAUCUAUGCUCACACCUCAGCAAUUCCUGGCUGCAAGUAGAACAGCAGCUCUGAUGGCUGCAGGGAUUCCCGUGUCGUUGCACGCGACAUUAGCCUCCAGCCCGUCUCUAUACAGACACCACCAAACUUUAUUCAGUGGUUGGGCUCCACCCACUGCAUCUUCACCUCCGUCACCUCUUCACCACUCGCCAGGACCUGUAUCACCCGCGUUGAGCAGCAAGUCUGCGUCCAAACGCGCCAACAGUGGCGUCACAAAUAACAAUAACAAUAUUAACAGCGUAGUAACUAGUAGUGGUGAUAAAAUCGUAAAGAAAGGUCAGCCGACCAAGAGGAAAUCGCAAAGGUCGAAAGUGGAUACUGUACAGCAACCGUUAGAGGGCUCAGCGCCUUUAAGUCCACCAAGCUCAGUCAGUCCCGAAGCGGGCAAGGACGGAAGGGACAAGGUGUUCACCUGUGGAGUGUGCUCCAGAUCGUUUGGCUAUAAGCACGUGCUGCAGAACCACGAACGCACCCACACCGGUGAGAAACCUUUCGAGUGUCCGGAAUGUCAUAAAAGAUUCACACGGGACCAUCAUUUAAAGACCCACAUGCGACUUCACACGGGCGAGAAGCCUUACCACUGCAGCCACUGUGAUCGCCAAUUCGUCCAAGUAGCCAAUCUGCGUCGCCACUUGCGCGUGCACACUGGUGAACGUCCAUACGCGUGCGAGUUAUGUUCAGCCAAGUUCAGCGACUCGAAUCAACUGAAGGCUCAUCUGCUGAUACACAAGGGUGAGAAACCGUUCGAGUGCGAGCACUGUCAGAUGCGAUUCAGACGAAGGCAUCACCUGAUACAUCACAAGUGUGGCACCAGUACCACUUCUGCACAAGUAACGAGGACACAGGUUACAUCUCCGUCUUUAGCAAGCGACGAUUUAGAUGAGGAUCUUGACAUUGAUAUUGACGUAGAUGUAGAGGAAGCCGAAGCAUCACCUUUGGUUAGCAAAAAAACAAGCGCUUCAGUUAGACCAGUCCAUCAAUUCAGUAAUCAGUUAGCAAGUCCUGUCAUCGGAAAUUCUAUGUCCAUACCAUUAAAUUUAGCCGGUAUUCCUAUAAAUCUACCAGAACAGACGGAACCAGAAGACUUAUCUAUGUCAACCGGUAUGCAUUCUCAGUGCAGACCACGUUCUCAGUCAAAUAGUAUCGGUGACUCACCAUUGAGUCGUAGCCCGAGCAGUGAUACCAUUCAGGGAGAGGACGAAGAUGACAUCGAUUUGAUGUCAGAAUCUCAGACGAAUGCUGUUUUCCUUCAAAAUCAUCACAAGAAGUACGCGCAUUUCACAUCCCUUGGAAACACUGCCGCGGCUAAUGUCGGCCACGCGUCCUAGUGGAGUCUUUAGGGGUACGUAGACACAAUACUUGUAGAAAAGCCACCUUGUACUUUAUCUCGGUUCGAUGCUUCUACCCAAGGAAAAACGCUACUCCAAGGUUUUUAGGGUGGGCAAAGGAAAAGAUAUAAGGGGAGAAAGAAAUAGAAAGAGAUCGUCAGAAGGGAGAAAAAUGGAGUUUCUCGUUUAUAUUGGAUAGGAAGUCAGUCCCGAAUCGAGUCCCGACAGGCUCACGAAUCGAAUUGAAUCCUCACACUGAAUCCUCCACGCACCGGUUCACAGUCACUAUUGUUAAGAUGCUUUUUAUAGAUAUAUAUAUAUUAUAUUAUUAUAGAUGAUUAUUAAUUAUUACUGUACCUAAACGAGGCAAGGGGGUGAAAGAUAGAUGUCAAAAAGCGUAUUGGCAGAUCUACGCGUAUCCCUUACGUAAAACGUGUAAUUUAUACCGCAAAAUGGAACAAACAUUCAGGGACACGAAUCUUUUUGGCAUGAAAAAAAGAUGAAAAUGGGAUUGAUAUUCUAGAUGCGAGAGAAAAAGCAGCCAGGAUUUUCUUUUCUGAGCUGUUGGUUUAUUUCCUUCGUGUACAUAAUAACGCGACAGCAAAGAAAUUGAAAGAUAAUUGUGUAUUUAGUUGGUUGCUGUAGUUCCGCGUGUUUCGUUUUUCGAUGAAAGCCGCGAUAAUGAGUUUAGAUAGAUAUUAUUACUUAGAUAGGUAUCUAUAAAAAUAUGAGAGGCAGAAGCAAGCUAUAUGUAGUUUGCAAG